ACAAAAGUAUCCGACAAAAUGAUAUCUCAGAUUUUUACAAUUCUCUUGGUGGUUUCAGCCACUUUUGCUAAACAAGUGGUGGUACAAAACAAGGCAAAUUCUAUUUUACAAGUUUCAGUUACUGGACAAGAUGAUAUUACUCUACUUCCAAAAACUAUAGUAAAUCUGGAAUUGGAUUCCACAUGGUCUGGCUCAAUUUCCGCAUGCAAUGAUGUUUGUGAUGGACCUAGAUCUUCUGCAGUAUUAAAUCUUGGUACUGAUCAAGAUCAGUAUGCUGUAUCUUUGGUUGAUGGAUUUAAUUUACCAAUUAAGGUUAUUCCAAUUAACUCCAAAGGUUGCAAUGCAGCUGUUUGUGGCGCCAACAUAAACAAGUUAUGUCCUGCAGAAAAUCAAGUGGUGAAUUCGUUGGGUGUAGUCAGGGCGUGCAAAAAUUCUCCACUCUUAUUCCAGUCUUUGUGUCCUAAAGCUGUUGUGACUUUAGGAGAUCAGCUUGAUGUACAAACUUGCAAUGCUUUAUCUUACAAAGUUAUUCUUGGUUAGUUGAUUCAAAUAAAUUAUAGUUAUGUGCAUUUA